AUGCUCAACUUGACCGAUGUCGCCGUUACCAAGGUCGCCGAGUUCCUCGCGAAGCACGAUCGUCCGAACGCCCUUCUACGGGUUCGCGUGGUCGGCGGAGGGUGCUCCGGCUUCCAGUACCAGUUGGCCCUCGACGAUGAGUCCUCCACGGGGGACCAGGUCAUCGAGCAGAAAGGGGUCCGGAUGCUGAUCGACGAGCGCAGCCUGCCCUAUCUGCAGGGAACCGAAAUCGACUAUGUCGAAGACAUCAUGGGGGCCGGGUUCCGCUUCAACAAUCCCAACGCCGUCUCGAGUUGCGGCUGCGGAGAGUCCUUCCAGGUAGUCGGGGGGCGGGGGUGCUCUUCGGCGCCUUCUUGGGCGUCCCCUCGUGAUCGGCGCCACCAUCGCCGUUCUGACCGCGCGCCUCGCGGCGGGGAGCCUCCUGGUCGCGGGAAUCAUCCACGCGGCACAUCGGGUUCCGGAGGGCUACCUCCGGCUGGUGGCGCGCGGAGCCGCGCUGGCAAUGGCCCUCGGGCUGCUGGCCGGACGAAGCCGCCCGGAAGCCCCGUUCUGGGCGCUCCUGUUGGCCGGCGCCAUCCUGCUGGCGUUCACCGUUCCCCGGUUCGGAGCCCGUCCCCGGACUCUCGCGGGCUGUAUGGUGGGAAUCGGUUUCCUUGGAGCCGUGCUGCCGCCGCUGCAGGCGCCGGAUCUGCCUGGGUUGGCGCUCGCCGCCAACCUGUCGGGGGCCGCGCUCCUCGGGGGUGUCGUCGCCACGAUGCUCCUCGGGCAUUGGUAUCUCGUGGAGACUUCACUCUCGAUCCGACCGCUGUCGGUAGGAUCCAGCCUCUUCAGCGGCGCUGUCGGACUUCGUUUCGGUGUCGCAAGCAUCGCGCUGAUCUACGGCGGAGUCGCGGCGUUACGAAUCGCGGAUCUCUCCGAUCUGAUCUAUUCGACCCCGGCUCUCUUCUUCGGGUUUCGGGUCCUGACCGGGCUGCUUUUCCCGGCUUUCCUGGCCGUCAUGAUUCGCAACACCGUGCGGAUUCGGUCGACGCAGUCGGCGACCGGACUACUCUACGUAGCGCUCAUUCUGGUCCUCUUCGGCGAACUCACCGCAGCCUUCCUGGAGGUGGCGACCGGCGGCCGACUGGUCUGAGGCGGAGGAUGUAG